GACGUUGCAUCAGCAAGAAGGCAGGUAAAAUGAAGACAAAAUGUCACUGAUUUUUGCUUCCAUCUCUAGAAAGAAGAUUGGUGAUUGACUUUGGCAUGUUCGAGACCAUCAGGCUUGAAGACAUCACUUGGAGGUAAUUAUGGAUCUGAUCAACUCCACCAAUCAUCCAAUCAAUACCUCUACUUUAGUAAACAAUAGCACUCACUUUCCAUUACCUGCCUCAAAAAUCAUCAUUGCCCUUCCUUUGUUCAUAUCAUCUAUAAUCGGUACCGUCACCAAUGGGCUCUACCUAUGGGUGCUAAAGUUCAAAAUGAAAAAGACUGUUAACACCCUCUUAUUCUUCCACCUCAUUCUUUCAUAUUUUAUUCCAACAUUGAUCCUGCCAUUUUUAGCCACCUCCCUUCUCCAGGACAAUCACUGGAACUUUGGAACUGCCUUGUGCAAAGUCUUCAACAGCACUUUGUCUGUGACCAUGUUUGCCUCAGUUUUCUUCCUCUCUGCCAUCAGUCUGGAUCGUUAUCUCCUCACUCUUCACCCGGCAUGGUCCCAGCAGCACCGAACCCCACGCUGGGCUUCCAGCAUUGUCCUGGGAAUCUGGAUCUCUGCCACUGCCCUCGGUAUACCCUAUCUGGUUUUCAGGGAGACACAUCACAACCGCAAAGGAAUUGUGACCUGCCGAAAUAACUAUGCUGUGUCUAGCAACUGGAACAGCAGAGAGAUACAAACAUUAAGGCAACAGAUUCAUGUGGCCUGUUUCAUCAGCCGUUUCUUGCUAGGUUUCUUUCUGCCUUUAUUCAUCAUCAUCUUUUGUUACAGAAGGGUAGCCAGCAAGAUGAAAGAGAGGGGCCUGUUUAAAUCCAGGAAGCCCUUCAAAGUUAUGACAACUGCCAUUGUCUCUUUCUUUGUGUGUUGGAUGCCUUACCAUGUAUACCAGGGCUUACUUCUCACUAAGAACCAGUCACAACUUUUAGAGUUGAGUCUGAUAAUUACAGUGGUGACAACAUCUUUCAAUAAUAUCUUUUCUCCUAUACUCUAUCUAUUUACUGGGGAGAAUUUCAAAAAGGUUUUCAAGAAAUCUAUUAUCACUCUGUUUAAGUCAACAUUUAGUGAUGAGUUUUCUGCAGAAAGGACUUAAAACCUAAAUUCAGAAGAUUAAAUUUAAAUUCUGGACCCUUAAAUAAGUGUGGACUCUAUUAAUUAUAUCACUAGAGAUAUAUCCUCUACUUUUGUAUACUAUACUCCCUACAUUAAAGAGACAUCUAAAUUGUACUAUAGUUAGAUCUAUAAAUAUUGCCUUAGUUACUUUUCUUAUUUCUGAAACAAAAUACCUGACACCUGGGGGCUGGGAAUUUAGCUCAGUAGCAUAAGCACCUGCCUUGUAAGCACGCAGUCAUGAGUUCAAUUCCCAGUACCGAUGAGAAAAAAAACUGACACCCAAAAUUAACAGAGAAAAGAUUUGUGUUACUCACAUUUUAUAGAGAUUUAUGCUCAUAGUCAGCGAGGUCCAAGGCAGGGUGGCAUGGCAGAGAGACAUCACAGAGGAGAAACAACUCAUGACAGGCAGAAGACAGCAAAAACAAAUGACAAUAGCAACUUUUUCUCUCUCUUAUAUUCUACCUAAGCUACCCACCUCAGGGUGAGUGCCAAACCAAUCAGCAGACUAAUUUAAUAAUCACAUACCCUUAAGCCUAGCGUUGCACCAUCAAUCAACCACACACUCUAGAACCAGCCACCUCUGAAAAAGCCCCAUCUCUGACUGCAUGAAGCUUUGGAGAUACACCAAAACAAGCCAUAACAAAUAUAAAAGGGGCUCUAAGGAAACAAGCAACAGAUCAUAUUGUAAAUGUAAUUUGUUUUAAGCUUUUUAAACUGUAGUACAAUAUAUAUAACAUAAAAUUAGCCAUUUUAAGGAAACUACAUUGAUACUAAUUAUGUUUGUUUUGUUGUGAAACAAACCAUCACCAUUAUCUAGUUUUAAAAUUUUUUCAUCAAUUCAAAAAGAAACUCUCAACUCACUAAAUAAUCACUCUCCAUUCCUCCAUCCCCAUUUCCUAGCAAGCUCUAAUCUGCUUUCUGUUUCCAUUAUUUGCAUAUUUGAGAUACUCUAUAUAAGUGAAAUCAUAGAAUAAAUAAAGACAUAUAAUAUUAGUCUUCUGUGGUCUGAUUUAUUUCACUAGCAUGAUGUUUUCAAGGCUCCUCUAUGUUAUACAUGUAUCAGAAUUUCAUUUCUUUUUAUGUCUAAAUUAUAUUCCAUGGUUAUAUAUGGCAUUUUUGAAAUCCAUUUAUCUAUUGAUGGAUACACGGAUCAUUUUCACCUUCUGACUAUUGUGAAUAAUGUUACUUUGAUCAUUUGUGUGAAAGUAUCUGAGUUCUCUUUUCAAUUAUUUUAUAUCAGAGUGGAAUUACUGGGUUAAAUCAUAAUACUCUGUUUCAUUUUAUGAGGAAACAUGUUACUUUCCCACUAACAAUAUAAAAAAGUUUUAGUUUCCCUAUUUUUUUAACAACACUUGCUAUUUUCCUUUUUAAAAUAACUAUUAUAACUUAGGGCACUAGGAAACAAAGCAACCUGCUUGCCUGGUAAUCAGCCAUGAGCCUACUGAUAAGCAGCCAUGAGCCUACUGGCACACAGGCUGAGAAUCAAACAUCCCAUUCCCCCCACCAUUAACAAAUGAGAGCCAGAGGUCUGUUCAUUUCUUGGGAGGCUGACCAUAUGCAAUAUAGCAAAUAUGGGGGAUUUCUUUCUACCAUCUCUUUGAAGGCAAAUAUUAUCACUAUUUUGCUUUGUUCUGAUUAAUUGUCUUGUUCUAUUCAAUAUUCUGUUUUGAUAAGUCCUAUAAUGUUCUGUAUUUGGUUUGAUUUUGCUAUCCUUGAUUGAAAGGACAACUAUUGUGAAGAUAACAAGAUAUACUAUGGUACUAUUACUGCUAUCCCAGUAUCCUGCUGUGAUGUUCUGUAGCAAUUUCACUGCAUUGACUCAUAUGGCUUUGUUCUGUCUUGUUCUGUUGUAUUUUACUACCUUCAAAGCAUAAAAGGUUUUAAAAAAUAAUUAUCAUAAAGGUUUAAGGGUGCUGAGUGGAAUAGGGAAAAAGAGUUAAAACAUAUUAUUUACAGGAUGAAUUCCCUAUGAUAAAUGUAACCAUUACAAACAGCAAGUAUGUACUGAUAAAGAAAUAAAAUUAUUGUCAUCCUCAUAUAUUGAAAUAGUGCCCUUGAGAUUCUUAACUUUUAGUUUUUUAAGUUAGGAAUAUUGAUUUCUAAAUGGCAAUAGCAUCUAAGUAUUUAAAUUGUC